AUGGGCUCUUCAGUAGUGGUCGUCUUGCCCCUGUUCCAGAUUUGGCAGUAUCCGGAGAUUGACGAUUCCAUGGGCACGUGGGCGGAGCUCCUGAACCGGGACGCCAUUCAGUACCGAGAGGCCUAUAUGGCAAACAACGCGACGGAGCGUCUGAAAAUCUCGGACCCUGCCCGUGGCGCGAGCGACCUGGGCGACAGCGUCGUGCCAGGCCGCAGUGGCUUGACCAGCUGCGCUGUCAGCAGUCUCACUGAGAGUGCGCAGUUUUGCGGUAGGAAGCAGGGGGUGAACAAGCGCCCAAUAGGCUGCCGUGCAUGGCGAGCGCUGAACGGAAACCGGUGCGCAAGCAACGCCCCAGCCGGCGUGCUGGAACCACCAGAGAUCAUGAGCCUCAGGAGAAGGCAAGGCGCUGCCAUCAGUGGCAACCAGAAGAGCAGAGUCCUCAGGCACAUCCGCGAGGUGCCACUCAGGGGCACUCAGCCCGGGAAGCAGGGGAACCAGAAAACGGUGCUCUGA